CGAAUUUCCAAGUGGUAGACCUGCCUCUGCGCUCUGCCCAAUGAGAUCCGUCAGGGGAGGCACCCGGUUCACUUUUCCACAUCACUUCACAGUUACGUUUGGCAGGCAGGCGGGCUCGCACGCCGGAGCGCUCAGCCCAGAUUUGGAGGAUUUAUUUGGAAUCUCCCUGCCUCCUCGAAGCUCGUCCUCUGUCGCCGGUUUGCGCACAGACGGUAGCGUCCACCCAGCCGCUCCACUUGGGGCUGCGGACACCCCGAGCCCAGCGCGCCGGCUCCGCGUCUCCGCGCCCAGCUCCGCAGCUCCCGUAGGCAUGAACGGAAUCCGGAGGCACCUGCCCAGCGCGCGGGAACCAUUCGGUGCUCGCCGCCCUCGGGAGCCAACCCCGAGUCCCUCCAGCCAUUUGUGAACCAAGAGGCUUGGAAUUCGCCAGCGCGGAGGCAGCCCCACAAGAGGAAUUUCAAUGAAAAGGGAAGCCGAUGGAUCUUGGCCUCAGCAACUCCGCGUAGACGAGGUCCGCGUUGUCCCGUGAGCAGGGGGCAGACCCGUACAAGCAAGCGAAGGCGCGGCCCAGCGUGAUGAAGCGGAUGGCUGCGGACCGGAGGCAGAGCAAGUAAUCGUCUCAUUUCCGUGGUGAUUUGCUUAACUGGUGGGACCAUGCCAGAACGGCUCGUGCCAAUGCUCCUGGAUCUCUGGACCCCUCUAAUGAUAUUAUGGAUUACUCUCCCCCCUUGCAUCUACGCGGCUCCACUGGAUCAGUCUCAAGGGGCCGUGAGUGGAUCCCGUUUGGAACUAAACAGGCUGAGCGAAGAACAGCGGAUUUUGAACCGCUCCAAAAGAGGCUGGGUUUGGAACCAAAUGUUUGUCCUGGAAGAGUUUUCUGGACCUGAACCGAUUCUCGUUGGCCGGCUACACACAGACCUGGAUCCUGGGAGCAAAAAAAUCAAGUACAUCCUAUCUGGUGAUGGAGCUGGGACAAUCUUUCAGAUAAAUGAUAUAACAGGAGAUAUCCACGCUAUCAAAAGACUCGAUCGAGAAGAAAAGGCCGAGUACACCCUCACAGCUCAGGCAGUGGACUGGGAGACCAACAAGCCCCUUGAGCCUCCUUCUGAAUUUAUCAUUAAAGUUCAAGACAUCAACGACAAUGCACCAGAAUUUCUUAAUGGGCCCUAUCAUGCCACCGUGCCGGAGAUGUCCAUUUUGGGUACGUCUGUCACAAAUGUAACAGCCACCGAUGCUGAUGACCCAGUUUACGGAAACAGCGCCAAGUUGGUUUACAGUAUCUUGGAAGGGCAGCCUUAUUUUUCCAUUGAGCCUGAAACAGCAAUUAUAAAAACGGCCCUUCCCAACAUGGACAGAGAAGCCAAGGAGGAGUACGUGGUCGUUAUCCAAGCCAAAGAUAUGGGUGGACACUCUGGUGGCCUGUCGGGGACCACGACACUAACAGUGACCCUGACCGAUGUUAAUGACAACCCUCCAAAAUUUGCCCAGAGUCUGUAUCACUUCUCAGUACCUGAAGAUGUGGUUCUUGGCACUGCCAUAGGCAGGGUGAAGGCCAACGAUCAGGACAUCGGUGAAAACGCACAAUCGUCUUAUGACAUCAUCGAUGGAGACGGCACAGCACUGUUUGAAAUCACCUCUGAUGCGCAGGCGCAGGACGGCAUUAUCAGACUAAGAAAGCCUCUGGACUUUGAGACCAAAAAAUCCUAUACGCUGAAGGUGGAGGCAGCCAACGUCCACAUCGACCCACGUUUCAGCAGCCGGGGGCCCUUUAAAGAUACAGCAACGGUCAAAAUUGUCGUCGAGGAUGCAGAUGAACCUCCUGUCUUCUCUUCACCUACUUACCUCCUCGAAGUUCAUGAAAAUGCUGCUCUGAACUCUGUGAUUGGGCAAGUGACCGCUCGUGACCCUGACAUCACUUCCAGUCCUAUAAGGUUUUCCAUCGACCGGCACACUGACCUGGAGAGACAAUUCAACAUUAACGCAGAUGAUGGGAAGAUAACGUUGGCAACACCCCUGGACAGAGAGUUGAGUGUAUGGCACAACAUAACGAUCAUUGCUACUGAAAUUAGGAACCACAGUCAGAUAUCACGAGUGCCUGUUGCUAUUAAAGUGCUGGAUGUCAAUGACAACGCCCCUGAAUUCGCAUCCGAAUAUGAGGCAUUUUUAUGUGAAAAUGGAAAACCCGGCCAAGUCAUUCAAACAGUGAGUGCCAUGGACAAGGACGAGCCCAAGAAUGGACAUUAUUUCCUAUACAGCCUCCUUCCAGAAAUGGCCAACAAUCCGAAUUUUACCAUCAAGAAAAAUGAAGACAACUCCCUCAGCAUUAUGGCAAAGCAUAAUGGAUUCAACCGUCAGAAGCAAGAAGUCUAUCUUUUACCCAUCGUAAUCAGCGACAGCGGGAGCCCGCCUCUGAGCAGCACCAGCACCCUGACCAUCCGGGUCUGUGGCUGCAGCACGGACGGCGUCGUCCAGUCUUGUAAUGUCGAAGCUUAUGUCCUUCCCAUUGGACUCAGUAUGGGCGCCCUAAUUGCCAUACUAGCAUGCAUCAUUUUGCUGCUAGUCAUCGUGGUGCUGUUCGUAACUCUGCGGCGACACAAAAACGAGCCAUUAAUCAUCAAAGAUGAUGAAGACGUCCGAGAAAACAUCAUUCGCUACGAUGACGAAGGAGGCGGGGAGGAAGACACGGAGGCUUUCGACAUCGCGACUUUACAAAACCCAGACGGAAUUAACGGGUUCUUACCCCGUAAGGAUAUUAAACCAGAUUUACAGUUUAUGCCAAGGCAAGGGCUUGCUCCGGUUCCGAACGGUGUGGACGUGGAUGAGUUUAUAAACGUGCGGCUCCACGAAGCCGAUAACGACCCGACGGCCCCGCCCUAUGACUCCAUUCAGAUUUACGGCUACGAAGGCCGAGGGUCCGUGGCCGGCUCCUUGAGCUCCUUGGAGUCCACCACCUCAGACUCGGACCAGAAUUUUGACUACCUCAGUGACUGGGGUCCCCGCUUCAAGAGACUGGGUGAACUUUACUCUGUUGGGGAAAGUGACAAAGAAACUUGACAGUGGAUUCGAAGUAAAUCGAUGGAACUGAGCAUUCUGUAAUAUUCUAGGGUCACUCCCCUUAGAUGCAAUCAAUGUGGCUAUUUGUUUUAGAGGCAAGUUUAGCACCAACCAUCUAUAAACGCAACUACAUUUUAAUGUUGAACCAAAAAAAUUGACAAUAAAAAGUCUAUGUUAGGAGGUUCUAAAUCUUGUGGAGUGUGAAUUAAACUAUGUGGAGUGUCUAGAAGUCUUUGGAUAUUUGAUGUUGACUUGACCACCGCAGACAAAGAUUGGGAUCCUAACUCAUGCUUAGGAAAAAACAAAAAUGGUUUAAAGAGAGGAAAAAAUAAUCAAAAUUAAAAGGUGCUUUCUUAG